UAAUCGCUGGUAUGCGUUUCUUUUUGUACGGUGAUCCGGAAAUUUUAAAAAGAAACCUCAAAAGUGGAAACCUAGUGCAAAGUGUUGAACCUUUGUAAGGAUUCUCAAUACGUGGGAGACGUUUAAACCAAAAUGGAAAAAGAAACGGGUCCGGAACACCCGGCUUUUUGCUACAUCUGCCAGGAAAGUAGCGAGAAUUUGGUGCCGAUCGUCAGCAAAACAUUCGAUGAUGGUGUCGAGCCAGCGCUAGGAGUAUCAGCAUCAGCACAAGCGCUUGUGCUGGUUAAACAUUUUUGGUUUGAGCUGGAUGAGCUGACCAAGGAAUUCAUCUGUGCGGCAUGUUGGCAGAAAGUGGAGGAUUUCCAUCGUUUCUAUCUUAAAGUGGAGAAAGUACACGAGCAUAAGUUCACCUUUACACUGGUUGAUGUUAAGCAAGAGGAACAAAAUCAUGAACUGGCUCUUGAACACGAACCUAAAACAGCAGAAUCAUCUGUCAGCUUAGCCGAAGAACGUAGAAGCAUUGAUGUCGUUCUCUGCUGUGAAACCGGUACGAAAGAUGAACGUUCUUUGACAAAAGAAAGAGAAACUCAAAGCUCUUUGGAGUUAGAACAACACUGCUGUGAAUAUUGUGAUAGUACUUGUACAAGCUCUUUGCUGCUCAAAUCUCACAUGUACAUCAAUCACUCGGCUUUGGUAAGUACCAAUAAUGUCGAGGAUGAAAAUUGUCAAAAUUUUAAAGAGGACGACUUGAAAGUUCACGAAGAGAAUCAUCAAUUUUCAUGUGAUAAAUGUAAUGCUCUCUUUAAUAAGGCUUGGAAAUUAAACAAACACUUGAGAAAAGAACACCCUAGAAUCGAAACUAAAAGGCGUGAAGAUACUACACAUAAAUCCAUUGGCGUGCCAACCUUAGAAGUCGAGCCCAAUCUGGAAGAGAAAUCUGUACAAAAGCUUAAGUCGAAUAAAAAGUCUAAGGUCGAAAAGUUGGAUCGCGAAAACGCACUAAUCGCCCAAUAUUGUCGGAUGCAAUGCGACAAAUGUUUGGCGCUGUUUGUCACGUUCAACGACCUAAAAACACACUCGGCAAACGUGCACGAUUGCAAAGGUUUCGCCUUUUGCUGUGAUAAAAAAUUCUACCUUCGCAAUCGACUGCUUGAGCACGCCCAGGUUCACGCCAAUCCGAACCACUUUCAGUGCGAUCAGUGCCAAAAAGUUUGCCCAGAUGGAGAGCUCCUAAAGCGACACAAACUUAAAAUUCACACCCCGGACGACGAGAAAAACUUUUGCUGUGACAAGUGCUCGAAAAAGUUUGCCCACAAACAUGACCUGAAGCGUCAUCUGGAAUACCACGUGGCCAUGGAGACGAAGCAGUUCCAGUGCCAGCACUGUGAUAAUUACUAUGGAAACUCAUCGUUGCUCAACGUUCACAUCAAAACGAGCCACGCGACCUCGUUCGAGUUCGUUUGUGACACGUGCGCGAAAGGGUUCAACCAGCGGAGUCAGUUCUUGAGGCACCUUAAAGAGCACGAUCCCAAGGAAACGGGCAAGCGUUACCAGUGUCCAGAGUGUUCGAAAUGGUUCCGGAAGGGCAGCAUCCGAUUACAUCGGUUGCGACACAAAUCGACCAAUGAACCGGUGCGCUGUGACAUUUGUGGCAAGGAGUCUGCCAACAAAACCGUUCACAAGCAGCACAUGGCCAACACCCAUUCGGAGGCCAAAUUCCAAUGUCAGCUGUGUGAUAAAUCGUUUAAGCGGGCUUUGAAUCUGAAGGAACACGUUGCCAGUCUGCACAGCGGGGAAAUGCUCUAUACCUGCCCGCAUUGUCCGAUGACGUUCAAAUCGAAUGCCAAUAUGCACUCGCACAGGAAAAAAUUGCAUUAUCAAGAAUGGCUGGAAACAAGACAGAAGCGACUGGAAGCGUUUACUAGACAAGAUUGAGAGAAAUAAAAAAAAACUGCUUUUUA